UCAAAUAGGUUAAUCUUGUUCUAUUACAAUACAAAUUAGUUUAGUUGUUCUAUAGUAUUGAUAAUAAUACACGUUAUAAAAUAAUUUAAAUAUUCGAAAGCAUUUAAAACUAUUUGUUAUUUAUGUCGAUAACUUCAAGCUUUAGAAAAUGUCUCGACUUAUUGUUAAGAACUUACCAAACAAGGUUACUGUAGAAAAGCUACGAGAUAUAUUCGGUGAAAAGGGGGAAGUAACUGAUGUGCAGUUAAAAUAUACUAAAGAUGGCAAAUUCAGGAACUUUGGCUUUGUGGGAUACCGUACAGAAGAACAAGCUGCAGCGGCAAAAGAACAUUUCAAUGGUACAUUUGUAAACAGCAUGAAGAUAAAUGUUGAAGAUUGUGCAAAUUUAGGCGAUGAGAAAAAGCCGAGGGCAUGGAGCAAAUAUGCAACUGACAGCACAGCAUAUAAGAAACUUCACAAAAGUGAUAUUCCAGAUGUGAAGCCAAAAAAGGAUAAAAUAUCAAAAGCAGAAAAAAACAAAAACAAAAUUAAAGAACUUCUAAAAUUGCACAAAGGAGAUCCACUGUUCACAGAGUUCAUAGAAGCUCAUGUUAAUGAGAAAACUGCUUGGAUAAAAGAUGCAUUAGAGGAAACUAACAGGAGUGAGGAAGAAGAUAGUGGAGUUGAAGAUGAAAGCCCUGAGAAAUCUGAUAAAACGGUUAAAGAAGCAGAGACUAAAGAAACUGACAAAAAAGAAAAUGUAACCAUUAAUAAAAAAAAAAUUGCAGACACACAUAUAAGUGAUUUAGAGUAUAUGAAAGUACUAAUGAAAAAAGUUGAUGGUUACACAGAAAUAAAAGAAUCUAAACAAGAAGAGGAAGAAAAGCCUAAAAAAAUUAGAAAUAGACCUUUGUUGCAUGUUAAAGUUACAGGCUUACCAUUCAAGUGUAAAAAAAAAGAUAUCAAAGAACUAUUCAAGCCUCUAGUGCCAUACUCGAUAAGAUUUCCUUUAGGUAAAGGAAGGAAAGUGGCUGGGUUCUGUUAUGUGGGCUUUAGGACUGAAAAGGAAUUUAACAAAGCACUUAAUAAAGAUAAACUUUUUAUAGGUAAGCAUCGUCUACAUGUUUAUAAAUAUGAAGAUAAAGCUAAGCAAGCCGCUGAGGAAGAGGAACAAAAGAACAUAAAGGAAAAACGUGAGAAAGACGGCAAUGAAGAAACUAUUGGCGAGAGUGGUAGCAUUUUUGUGAGGAAUUUACCGUAUGUUGUAUCUGAACAAGAAGUAACAAAUUUGUUUGAAAAAUAUGGUCCACUCACAGAAGUCAAUAUGCCUAUAGAUCCAGUGCUCCGUCAACCCAAAGGUUUCGCCACGGUCACGUUCGUGAUGCCUGAGCAUGCUGUAAAGGCAUACACGGAGCUGGAUGGUACGGCGUUCUGUGGAAGAAUGCUACAUUUGUUACCGGCCAAAGCCGAAAAACUAAUCGAUGAAGAGGACGAUGAAGGGCUGUCAUUUAAAGAGAAGAAGGCAAAAAAAUUGAAACAGCAAGCAAAGUCGUCGCAUAACUGGAACGUGCUGUUCCUGGGAGCCAACGCCGUCGCCGACGUGGUCGCCGCCAACUACAAUACCACUAAGGAGGUGUUGCUAAGCGAUAGCAAUAAAAAUACAAGUGCGGCUGUUCGUCUCGCUCUAGGAGAGACACAACUGGUUGCCGAAACUAGGGCGUUCUUAGAAUCCAAUGGUGUUUAUUUGGACGCCUUUAACAGACCAGCGAAUAAAAGAUCAAAAACAUGUAUAUUAGUGAAAAAUCUACCAGCGGGAACCGACAGAGAAGAAAUUAAAUCGUUAUUCGUAAAACAUGGUCAAUUGUCACGCUUUGUAAUGCCGAACCACGGUAUCACCGCGCUUGUAGAUUUUAUAGAACCAUUUGAAGCUAAAAAGGCUUUUACUAAGUUAGCAUACUCUCAGUUCAAGUCAGCCCCUCUUUAUUUGGAAUGGGCACCAGAAAAUAUAUUUGUUAAAAAUGCUGAAAAAUCAAAAGAACUUAGUGAAAAAGUCACCGACAGCGAAAUAGUACGAGAGAAGAGUAGUAGUAGAAUUGACGGAAACGAAAAGGUAACGUCAGAAGAAAAAGAAAAAAGCGUGAAACAAGAGAAUGUUAAAGAAAAUAGUAUCGAUGAAAAUAACAUCGAAGAUGAAAUACCCGAGAACGAUACGACGCUUUUUGUGAAAAAUCUUAAUUUCAAAACCACAGAAGAUAAUUUAAAAGCGCAUUUCUCAUGCUGCGGAAAAGUUCACGGUGCUACAAUAGCCAAGAAGAAAGACCCAAAAAAUCCCGGACAAUUGUUAUCCAUGGGUUACGGAUUUAUUCAAUAUAUUAAAAAAGAACAUACAAAUAAAGCUUUGAAAGAACUACAAAGCUCAACUCUUGACGGUAAAACUUUGGAACUGAAACGAUCCGAGAGAGGAAAUACCACGGAAGUGAAGUCAUCUAAGAAAAGUGUUAAGGACACAGUACAAAAUGGCACAAAAAUUCUCGUUAGGAACGUGCCAUUCCAAGCUAACAGAAAUGAAUUACAUGAAAUAUUCAGAGCGUUCGGAGAAAUUAAAACAUUGCGACUCCCUAAAAAGCUAACGGUUGGAUCUGACCAACAUAGAGGAUUCGCUUUUGUCGACUACUAUUCUAAAACGGAUGCAAAGUCUGCAUUUGAAGCUCUCUGCCAAUCAACUCAUCUUUACGGAAGACGCUUAGUGUUGGAGUGGGCUGAUCAAAGCGACGAGGCAGAAGAUGUUGGCUUGUUAAGAAAAAGGACAGCAGAAGCGUUUAACGCGAGGGUUCCCGGAGGCAAAAAGUCAAGAAAAGGAGCAGUUGAUGUUGAAACAUUCGUUGAAACUGAUGAUAAAUAAUUGUUAAAUAUAGUUAAUUUUAUUA